GCCUUUUCCGUUGUUUCAAAGCUGCUGUCUCAGCGUAAACUUGACCUGCUGGAUGAACUGGUAUCAGCAGAGGUACUUCAGGUGCUGAAGGAAAAGAUUUCUUUGCUCCCUGAGAACCACAGGGAUGCUCUAGCAGCUGAGGUGGAUGCAAUCAUGUAUACAACAGAAGGAGAUGUUCGCAUUUACUACGACGAUGAUGGAAGAAAGUUUGUUAGCAUCCUGAUGCGUUUCUGGUAUCUGAAUGGUGCUAAUCUACCUGAUGAAGUACCAGGUGAAACCAAAGUUUUCCAGGUCGUGUUUGGAGAUGAAAGCAUGAAAGAAAAAAGACAUCUUUUAACAGCAAACUACGAGUUCCAAAGGGAAUUUACAGAAGGAGCAAAACCAGACUGGACUAUUACACGGAUUGAACAUCCAAGGCUAUUAGAAUAAAUGCCUUCUACCAGUCUUUUUAUGUACCAUUGUAAAUGUUCUGAUGUUAUAAAUAUCAAGCUUUUUGGGGGGGUCUUUUUUCCCCUUCCUGACUUCUCCUUCAAAAGAGGGAUGAGUUUUGUAUGUCUGAUUUCCCAAAAUUGUUUCUGAAACUUGCAGUGUGCUGCAGCAUUACAAUAAAGCCUUUUCCUUGGGACAGGCUGGUACAAGUUUAAUGGGUAUUGAUGCUCAUCCAGGGCAUUUACACAGCCAGUGUCAUGCAGGCUGGUCUUAUGGGUGUGUUGGCUUCUUAUAUUCUGAGAAUAAAUGCUGCUACUUGAAGAUAAACAAUACUUCCAUGGCUGGUAGCCCUUCU